AUAUUUGUUACGGGUGGCUGCAGGAGCGGCUGUACAUUGUCAAGAACAUGGCGGCUUCCAGGCAGGCAUGAGAGUGGAUACUUCUUAACAAAUUUGGAUGAAACUGGACUAUCAUUUCAAAAACAGACCAUCAGAAGAUCUCCCUGGAUACUGCAACACGAAUCUCUAAAAGGACAUGACGUCCCCCGGUUCCGUUGUGCCUGGGACCACCGGAGCUCCACUGCAGCCGCGAUGGAAGCGGGUUCUGGGGUGGUCCGGGCCGGUACCCCGACCGAGACACGGACACAGGGCCGUAGCCAUCAAGGAGCUGAUGGUCGUUUUCGGUGGAGGAAACGAAGGAAUCGUUGACGAGUUGCACGUUUAUAAUACUGCAACAAACCAGUGGUUUAUACCAGCUGUUCGUGGAGACAUUCCUCCAGGCUGUGCAGCUUAUGGUUUCGUAUGUGAUGGUACACGUCUGUUAGUGUUUGGUGGAAUGGUAGAAUAUGGAAAGUACAGCAAUGACCUUUAUGAGUUGCAGGCAAGCAGGUGGGAGUGGAAAAAAUUGAAACCAAAAGCCCCUAAAAAUGGAGCUCCACCAUGUCCUCGUCUGGGCCACAGUUUUUCUCUUGUGGGCAACAAGUGCUAUCUUUUUGGGGGGCUUGCCAAUGACAGCGAAGACCCCAAGAACAACAUUCCCAGAUAUUUGAAUGACCUUUAUACCCUCGAACUGCGUCCGGGCUCCAACGUUGUGGGCUGGGAUAUACCAGUCACAUAUGGAGUACUGCCUCCUCCGAGAGAGAGCCACACUGCUGUAAUUUAUACUGAAAAAACUACUAAGAAGUCCCGCCUUGUUAUAUACGGAGGAAUGAGUGGUUGUCGUUUGGGAGAUCUUUGGACAUUAGAUAUUGAUACGCUGACCUGGAACAAGCCUGCAAUAAGCGGCACUGCUCCCCUCCCCCGUAGCCUCCACUCAGCCACCACUAUUACAAACAAAAUGUAUGUUUUUGGUGGCUGGGUUCCCUUGGUGAUGGAUGAUGUGAAGGUGGCCACACAUGAGAAGGAAUGGAAGUGUACAAACACACUUGCCUGCCUGAACUUGGACACCUUGUCAUGGGAGACUGUUUUGAUGGACACUUUGGAGGACAACAUACCACGUGCACGAGCAGGACAUUGCACUGUUGCUAUUAACAACAGACUUUAUGUCUGGAGUGGACGUGAUGGGUAUCGCAAAGCUUGGAACAAUCAGGUGUGCUGCAAAGACCUGUGGUACCUGGAGACAGAGCGACCUAAUCCUCCUUCACGGGUACAGCUCGUCCGGGCCAACACAAAUUCUUUAGAGGUUAGCUGGGGAGCGGUGUCUACAGCAGACAUGUACCUGCUUCAGCUUCAGAAAUAUGAUAUCCCAACAGCCACUGCUGCCACAUCACCAGCCCUCAAUGCAGCUCCCUCCCUCCCUGGAAACUCGCCUAGGAGUCCAGCGCCCGCUGCAGCUGCUCCAUCUGCUCAGAGUCUGCCGCAUAGUGGUAUCACCCUUGUGCCCCAGGCUGCUUCCCCCACAGCCUCAGUCUUACCCACCACACCCGCAAAUCCUCUGGCAGCCUCAAUGGCGCGUGGCCCAGCUAUUCUGAAAGUUGCAGCCCCUCAGUCAGGCACCGGGGCAUCGAUUGUCACUGUUCGCCAAGCCAGCCAAGCUGGAAAAUCCCCAGUCACUGUGACAUCACUGCCUGCAGGUGUUCGCAUGGUGGUGCCACCACAGACCACUCAAGGAACGGCCAUUGGCAGCAGCCCUCAGAUGAGUGGAAUGGCAGCUUUGGCUGCAGCUGCUGCAGCCACACAGAAAAUCCCUCCUUCCCCCGGAGCCACUGUUCUCAAUGUGCCGGCUGGGGCCACAAUUGUAAAAACGGUGGCUAUGACACCUGGGUCCACCACUCUCCCCACCACAGUUAAAGUGGCAUCACCUGUCAUGGUAAGCAACCCUGCCACUCGCAUGCUGAAGACCGCCGCUGCACAGGUGGGCACUCCGACAGUGUCCAGUCCCACUACGGGUGCUCGGCCCAUCAUCACAGUACACAAGUCCGGCACAGUUACCGUAGCCCAGCAAGCUCAGGUUGUGACCACUAUGGUGGGCGGAGUCACCAAGACCAUCACUCUUGUCAAGAGCCCACUUUCCAUGGGAGGAAACCUGAUCUCCAACUUGGGCAAGAUGGUGUCAAUGGUACAGACCAAACCAGUCCAAUCGGCUGCUGUGACUGGACAGGCCACCUCCAACCCACUGACUCAGAUUAUACAGACAAAGGGUCCCCUUCCACCCGGCACCAUUCUGAAGCUGGUUACAUCUGCGGAUGGAAAACCAACCACCAUAAUUACCACCAGUCAAGCAGGUGGCACAGGAAACAAGCCCACUAUCUUGGGCAUCAGUGGCAUGUCCCCCACUACCACCAAACCGGGCACCACCACUAUAAUUAAAACAAUCCCCAUGUCUGCUCUACAGCAGGGAGCUGCAGGUGUGACUAGUAGUACAGGGAUGAAGAGCCCUAUAACCAUCUUCACCACGAAGGUGAUGACAUCUGGAACAGGAACUCCUGGCAAAAUCAUUACAGCAGUGCCUAAGAUUGGGACAGCAGCAGGACAGCAAGGCCUAACACAGGUUGUUCUGAAGGGAGCCCCUGGUCAGCCUGGAACCAUUCUUCGCACUGUGCCGAUGGGAGGAGUGCGUCUCGUGUCUCCAGUAUCUGGAGUCAAGCCAACUGUAACCACGCUGGUUGUCAAAGGAACAACUGGUGUAACAACUCUUGGCACAGUCACAGGAACCGUUUCUACCAGCUUAGCCGGAGGAAGCCUAGCCAGUGCCAAUGCCACCCUGGCAACCCCCAUCACCACUCUGGGCACGAUUGCCACCCUCUCCAACCAGGUCAUUAAUGCUACCGCUGUGUCAGCUGCACAGACCAACCUGACCACUGUCACAUCCAACAUGCAGCCCACCCAGGUGACUCUCAUAACUACACCCAGUGGUGUGGAGGCUCAGCCUGGCCAAGAUCUGCCUGUUUCCAUUCUGGCCUCUCCCACGUCUGAGCAGCCCACCUCUUCUGAGUCUGGUGCAGGCGAUACUUCUGGCAGUGUUACUCUAGUGUGCUCCAACCCACCCUGUGAGACUCAUGAGACGGGCACCACCAACACGGCCACCACAGCAACGGCGAAUAUGGGCACUGGACCAGCUGGCACAGUACAGAGAGUGUGUUCCAACCCGCCCUGUGAAACACAUGAAACGGGUACAACGAACACUGCCACCACAGCAUCUGCCAACAUGGGCACUGUUCAGAGGGUCUGCUCAAACCCACCAUGUGAGACUCAUGAAACGGGUACCACCAACACAGCAACCACAGCAUCUUCAAGUAUGGGCACUGCUCCUGCUGGCAUGGUGCAGAGGGUAUGCUCAAACCCACCCUGUGAGACCCAUGAGACGGGCACCACCAAUACAGCAACCACAGCUUCAUCUAACAUGGGCGGAAACCAAACCGGAACGGUGCAAAGGGUCUGUUCAAACCCACCUUGUGAGACCCACGAGACGGGCACCACAAACACGGCCACCACGGCUUCAUCUAACAUGGGCGGAAACCAAACCGGAAUGGUGCAAAGGGUCUGUUCAAACCCACCUUGUGAGACCCACGAGACAGGCACCACCAACACGGCCACUACGGCUUCAUCUAACAUGGGCGGAAACCAAACCGGAGCAGUGCAGAGAGUUUGCUCAAAUCCACCUUGUGAGACCCACGAGACAGGAACCACAAACACAGCCACCACGGCUUCAUCUAACAUGGGUGGAAAUCAAACCGGAACAGUGCAAAGGGUCUGUUCAAACCCACCUUGUGAGACCCACGAGACGGGAACCACCAACACAGCAACCACGGCUUCAUCUAACAUGGGUGGAAACCAAACGGGAGAGGUGCAGAGAGUUUGCUCAAAUCCACCUUGUGAGACCCACGAGACGGGCACCACCAACACGGCCACCACUGCCACCUGCAGUAUGGAGACAGAUGAGGGAACAGCCCAGCAGAGUGGUGAAGCAUCAGAAUCUACCACUAGCACGGAGGGCCUGCCAUCCACUGCAGCGCCCCAGAGCAGAGCCAUUACCACAGUCACACAGGCCACGCCUCUACCAGGACCAGCUGUUCCAUCUAUCUCUUCCAUCACGGAGUCAUCCUCAGAGGCAGGAGCUGAGCCGGUCGUUAUGGAGACCUCGGAGGCAGAGACCUUGCAGACCGAAGGCCAGGCUGAAGCGGAGGCAGUUGCCAUGCAGGCAGAGUUCCAGGCAGAGGCGGGGGCAGUAGCUAUGCCCAGUGACUUCCAGGCAGAGGCAGCAGCCUUGCCGAGUGACUUCCCGGGAGAAGCCGUGGCGGUAGCCAUGCAGGCAGAGAGCCAGGCAGAGGCAGGGGCAGUGCCCAUGGAACAUGAUGCUUCUGGCAUGGCAGAGGGAGAAACUGCUCAGGAGCAGCUACCAACAGCAGUGAUGGAAGGUGUAGAGGCGGCAUCAGCAUCGCAGGCUGAGGCACUGGCCUUGCCACCAGAGCUGAUGUCAGACGGACAGCCCACAACGCUGAUGGUGACGGGUCUGACCCCAGAGGAGCUGGCCGUUACGGCAGCCGCAGAGGCAGCGGCCCAGGCUGCAGCAUCAGAGGAGGCCCAGGCCCUCGCCAUCCAGGCUGUACUGCAAGCAGCACAGCAGGCUGUUAUGAGCUCAGGUGAUGGAGAUGCCGGAGGAGAAGACCAGCAGACCCACACCAUACCCAUCGUUCUGACCCAGCAAGAACUAGCGGCUUUGGUUCAUCAGCAACAGCAGCUCCAGGCAGCCCAGCAACAAGCCGCUGCCCAGGCCGCUGCCCAGGCCGCACUACCCACUGAGGGCUUGGCUCCGGCUGACAGCCUAAAUGAUCCCUCCUCAGAAAGCAAUGGACACAACGAGAUGGCUGCCGCUGCCACAAGUGCAGUAGCCGGACUGCUGCCUCGCACCACUGCAGAAGCCUUGGCUCCAUCCAGCACAUUAGCACCUGUAGUAGUUGCCAGUCCAGCUAAGAUGCAGGCAGCUGCAACUCUCACUGAAGUAGCCAAUGGCAUCGAGGCUGGGAAACAAAUUCCUCCUACUGUUACAGUCAAACCUCAAGUGAAGAAAGAAAACCAGUGGUUUGAUGUUGGCAUUGUCAAAGUGACCAAUAUGGUUGUAACACAUUUCUACAUGCCUGCAGAUGACUCUGCUUAUGUUGAGGAUGAUUCAGGCACAAUCCCUGACUACAGCCAAAUGAAGAGGGUGGAGCUUCAGCCCGGAACCGCCUACAAGUUCCGUGUGGCGGGUAUAAACAUUUGUGGCCGUGGAGCCUUUUCUGAAAUAUCUGCUUUCAAGACCUGUUUACCGGGCUUCCCAGGAGCACCAUGUGCCAUAAAGAUCAGCAAGAGUCCAGACGGUGCCCACCUUACAUGGGAGCCUCCAUCGAUGACAUCAGGAAAGAUCACAGAGUACUCGGUGUAUUUGGCCAUACAGAGCAGCCAGACCACCGAGGCGAAACCCUCGGCCCCCGCCCAGCUUGCCUUCAUGCGCGUGUACUGUGGGCCAAACCCUUCCUGUCUGGUUCAGUCCUCCAGCCUGUCCAAUGCGCACAUAGACUAUACCACCAAACCCGCCAUCAUCUUCCGCAUCGCCGCUCGUAACGAGAAAGGUUAUGGACCGGCUACGCAAGUGCGAUGGCUGCAAGAGUCUAACAAAGAUGGCCUUUCUGCAAAGCCUGCCCCAAAAAGAGCAGUUUCUUCACCAGAUACGAAAGGGAUUGGUCAGAAGAAAGCAAGAAUGGACCAGUAAGCCACUCUCUUCAUUCGUCCUCCAAGACUUCCACUACUCAUAGCGCUCCAUCUGGAUUCAACACAUCUUCAACUGUAACCAUCCAUUAAAACAGCAAAAAAUCAACAAGGAAGUCAUUUCUAGGGGAAGCCUUUUUUCUUGUUAAUAGUAUGAAUGGAGAAAAGCACAUUGCAUAUUUUUGAGUAUUUUUCAACAUAGUUGGAGUGGAAGGGAAAAAAAACUAAUUUGCAUUUUCCAUUGUAGAGUCUUCCUUUUUCCCCUAUUUCUUUCAAUACAUGUAUCUUGCUUCAGUAAAUUUAAACACCAGGUUUAAGAUAUUUGUAAUGUUGGGCUCAAAUGAAGUUACUCUCUUCUGUGAUGGACUUGAGGGUGAAGUUUUAGUUCACGUCAAAUAUGUGGACAAGGUGGGAGGAUUUCUGAAUGGAGAUGUCGUUUUCAUGCAAGGGGGAACAGAAAUGGGGAAAACAAAUCAAGCACUUGUCCUCAGACAAGAGGGGAUAUUUUUCACUCAAAUGGCUAAGUGAAAUAAGAUCUACAUAUGGAUUCGUUCUGGACUCAAGCCUUCUGGUGAAGUCUGUGCACUUUUGCAUUGAGCAGAAAUAGAGGCAGAACUGCAGAUAAAAGAAAUGGCCAUGGAAGUACAUUACUGGCAGGACAGAGACUUUGCUAAAACUGAGAAUUGCCAUACAAAAAAAAAAAGAAAACAGAAAAAAAAAAAAAAGAAAAAAUGCAAAACUUCCCAAAAAAUUAGUGAGCGACGAUGGAGAAGAUCUUUUGUGUAGUUUAUUUUUGUAUUUUUAAAGCUUUUCUCCUGUGUGUGUGUGUGUGUAUGUCUGUCUUUUUUUUUUUUUUUUUUUUUUUUAACUCACAACUUUUAUUUUUUGUUUUUGUUUUAAAAAUUGUUGGCCAUCUACCUUUAGUUUAAGGAUUUGUGGGAUGAAGGGCUUUUGGAGGGCUGUGCUGUUGUCAAGUACUUUGAAACAUUGUUUUUGUGCUCAAGCCGAGUGGUGAUGUGCUACAACUGAAAAGGUUGUAAACAAAUGUAAACAUCUGAAGGGCUUUUACUUUGUUUACUGCGUAUUUCUACGCUUGUUUCCACUCUGUUUGUGUAUGCCAAACCUUGAGAUGUAAAAAUCGUAAAAAAUGUUUUUUUUUUUUUUUUAAUUCCUCACCUUACCAAACCGCCAUUAUUAGUAAACACUCAGCUUUUUUCCCUUCCUCUGACUUGUCCUCUUAACUUUUUCACAACGUAACUUUGUAGAAUUUUCUCUGCUCUAGAUUGUGAAGGAAAUUGUCCAUGUGAAGAUGAAUUUCUACUUUUUUUUUUUUUUUUUUUUUUUUUUUUUCUCCUUUUGAUUAUCUGAGAGGUAUGCAAACUAAAUGUUCAGUGUAUACCUGUAUGUCUCCAUGUGAGUGAGGAUGGCUGUUCUCAUUCUUGGUAAAAGCCAAGUUCGGAUUUGACUGUAAUAUAGUUCAUUCAUACCGCAAGAAGUGAAGAUGAUAUUCUGGCCUUUUAUAUAUUUACCUGUACAACGUUUUUACAUGUUGGUCAUCUCCUGAUUGCCUUUUUUGUCUUGACUUAUAAAAGAAACCGAAAUAUAUAAA